AUGAGCCUGUCCAGGGCGCUGUACCGGGAGCUGGUGGCCGCCGCGAAGCUCUUGAACAGCCACGCGUCUCUGCGAGCGCUAAUAUCGACAGAUCUACGCGAGUCUGUAUUCGCUCCAGGCUCAAAGACGCGUCUACCACACGUAGAGGCCUUUAACCGCUCGCUAUUGCGCUUUCUCGGUGGUCGGCACUUGUACCUCCCAGACUCUCGUCGCCCCACAUUACUACAACUCGUGCGAGAAGAGUUUCGCAAGCCUACGGAUGGCGUAGAUGGCAUCGACACUGCAUUCGUGGCUCUACGGGCGCUCAACGACACGUUGGCAGAGGCUAAAGCCCUCAAAUUACCUCCCAAAAACUCUCUCGAGACACGGACACUCGACGACGUGCAAUUGGCAGAGAAUGCGGCGUCAGGCGUGUUUCUCCUCGCUCAUCCGCUUCUACAGGGGAUUUUCAGUCGCUCGGUGGUCAUUCUCACAGAGCAUAAACCAGAAGGAUCCAAGGGGUUUAUCGUCAAUAAAGUCACAGUACGAAAGGGAGGGCCAGUGUUCACGAGGAACGCAGAGGUUCUACAUGGUAGAGCGGACUUUGGAGGUCAGCGUGUAGCCACAUCGAAUUUCCCGACUGCAAAUGACCCGAGUCUCUUUGUGGGCGUGGAUCUGGAUACUGCUGCGAGGGCCAUCUACGACGAGACUGCUAAGCAGACAGACGUCGUGUUUAUGAGCGGUGUGUCUGCUUGGUCGCCUGGCCAAUUGGAUUCGGAGCUCAAACAAGGCUCGUGGGUAGCUGUCAAGGCCCCCGUGUCUCUCGCACUUAACGCGUCUGCUGACUUAUGGCAGGAUCUGAUGCGAACUCUUGGAGGCGAAUACGCAGAAAUGAGUUGCAUGCCACUUUUGAAAGACGAAGAGGAAGUGAACUGA